GGUGAUUUGGAGACUGCGCAUCUGGAUUUCUUAAACAUACAAAGGAAUUGCUGGAGCAAGCAAAAGCAGAGAGAGAGCCCUGAGAGAAGUUAAGAUGUGUUGAUAAGCAGCUGAUGGGACCUUGCAACUCAAGACACUGACAGUGCCAAGCUCCUUACGAAGACAGGGCUUCAGGGAAAUAAUACGAAUCGAAGCAAAAUGAAGAUGCACAUCUCCUUCAGCUUUGCUGGUUGCAUGCUUAAAAUCCUGUUGAUCCACAUCUCCAUUUUUCACCCAGCCUCAGCCCCACCACCACCAACUUUGAGGCUUUCAGAAGACGUACCAGGCAGAGAACUGAUCCCAUCACCCAUCAUAAAGUUUCCAGGGGACAUUUCUCCAAAAACUGACAAAGAACUGGCAUUGGUAAGUAUGUGUUUGUUUGUUUGUUUGUUUGUUUGUUUGUUUGUGCCCCCCCCAAUUUCCCUUUGAAUAAUAUUUUGCAAUGUUUGUCUUGCUAAUUCUCUGAUUCUCUGUAACCCAAUAGCCACUGCUUUCCAUCUCUGAGGUUCCUGGGUGGGGAAUAGGAGCUGGCAAAAUUAUCAGCUUUCAAAAUGUUGAAGCAAGCUCUGUUUCCCCUCAUGAAACUUUUAAAGUCAGGCCAGAAGUCUGUAUUUUUGAAUGGCUGCCCUCUGCCUCUGCAAACAAAGUUCAUCAAAUUGCUGAAGAUUUAACAGGGGAAGAGGGGGGGGGUAGCGGAAUUGUAUAGAAAGUAAACAGGGUUUUUUAAAUUUUGUUUCUGAAGCAUAGCUUAAGUAUAGCCUGAAAGACAAUUACUGUACACAGGUGGCUUUGUUUUUAGCAGAUAUAAUGACUAGUCUCAACCAAGAUCUGCUUGAAGCAGUAACUGCCCCUUGAAGCUAUUCUCAAACUAUGUUCUAUCACUAUUUCUGAAGCUGCACUGAAAAAGUUUGGGAGGAUGUCUGCUCUUAGACAUUAUAGCUAGUUACAGAUUUAUUUUGUCUGUGUUUAUUUGAUCUGUCAUAAAAAGCGACCUUACAGAAAUGAAGAUUUUAGGAAAAAGGGAACCAUAACAUGUGCAUUGCAAUCUGAUGCAUUUAACUGAAUUGUCCUCCAUGGGGCUUACUCACAAGUAGAUAUAGUAUCACAGCCUAACAGGGUAACCCUAUGGAUGUUUACAUGGAAGGAAUCCCAUUGAUCUCAGUGGGGCUUACACCCUAGAACUAAAUGUAUCUUAGGCUGCAAGUCAGAAUGGUGCAGUGGUUAGAAUGUUGAAAUAGGACCUGGGAAACCAGGGUUCAAAUCCACACUUGGUCAUGAAGCUCACUGGGGCAGUUGCUGCCUCUCAGCCUAACCUAUCUCAUAGGGUUGUUGUUGGGAGAAAGAACCAUGUAUGACACCUGGAGCUCCUUGGAGAAAAGAUGGAAUAGAAAUGCAAUCAACCCAUCUUUACAAGGGUGUAAGCCCCAUUGAGCGUAAUGGGACUUCCUCCUGAGACAGCAUGCAAAGGUCUGUGCAGUUAGGGCAGGAAUAACCAGUGUGGUACCAUCCAGAUGUUGCUGAUCUCCCACUUCAUCUUUCACUAUUGACCAUGCUGGCUAAGGCUGAUGGGUACUGGGCCCCAUCUGUACCAUACAUCUAAAUAACUAUCCUACCACUUUAAAGAGUCAAAUAUUUUCAGGCUCUAGAUUGGCCCCACCCAGCCAGGCUGGUAACUGAGCUGUGCUAAGGAAAGGUCAACAUAAGGGCUUCCUGUUCAGGCUGGGACCCUGUCCGAGCAACAGGCUGUCUUCACCCUGGUGUGUUUUUGUGAAUCCUUUGGCUCUGAUUUCCUGGCUCUCCUUCAGACUCUUCAAAAUGCUGGGUCGAUUUGGGUUGCCUGAGCCCAAGCCCAGACCCCAUCACCACACAAAUUGGCUUGAAUUGGUUUGGGAUUCAGGCAUUGGCUAAAUCUGGUGUACAGCCCUACCACAUUCCCUUGUGGGCGGCCUUCCAGAAGCCACAUACCAGGGUCAAGGAAGAUCAGGGGCAAAAGUGAGUAGUGCAAUCAAUGUGACUCUUACCUUCAUACAGCUAGGUACAUUCCAGCCAUGCAAAAGUCAGUGUUUGCUACACCCACCCACAUCACCUCUCCAUCCAGGCAUGAUCACGCAAUUCAAGCCAGGCUAAAGCACUGGAGGAGACUAAAGAGCACUGCUGUUGAGGGGUGUGGCUUUGGGCAUGGCUGUCCCAUCCUUGAGGAAGACGCCCCAGGACAUAGAAUCUGCAGGCACCCACCCCUUGCCACUUCCAGGGCCCCACGAAAUUGUGUGGAAGCCUCUGGGAGAUCUUGUGUGGCUCUCUUGUGAUCUUCCUGGAACCUGCAACCUCACAACCCUGGUAAGUGAGGCUUUGGCAGAGAUGGCAAGCAGGGGUGAGAAGUGCAUGCACAGGGCAGUACCUUCCCAUUUCUCCUCAGGCUGUGAAAUGGAAGGUGCUACCACUGGCUUUGGGAGAGGAUACAGCUUAAGGAGAGCCCUGGAGUUGGUAGCCAACACUGUCUCCUGUGAAAACGAGUUCCAUAGUUUAAUCAUGCACUGCGUGAAGAAAUGCUUUUUUGGGGUAAGGAAGUACUGUUGUUGAGCUAUGGGCCCAUCCAGACUGGGGGUGGUUGUUUUUCACAGAUGUAUUCUACAAUAUGUCAUUGACACAAUAAAAGUGCAUCAGUGGGGGAUUUAUACUAGGUGGCCCACACACAUCAUUUUGCUUUAUUUGUUGUUCUGCAAUUCUUCCCCAUUGUUGCCAUCUGGCGGGACACACUUGCAUGCUAGUGCAACUAAAUUGGGAUGAAACCACAACAACCCUAGUAACAGGAUUUCAGUAGGAAGUUAUAGGGUCGGGGAGAGAGGGGGUUUAUUGGUUUGUUUUCUACUUGUUCUUAUUUGUAUUAUAUAUCUUCUGGGGGGUUUUCUUGUACUUUUAUGUUGUGAAUCCCCCUAAGAUUCACUGAUAAAGGGCGGUAUACAAAUUUAAUAAAUAAUAAUAACAAUAAUAAUAAUAUAGGAUAUGCAGUGAUCAUAAGUGAAGCAGCAUGUCCAUGCCAAAACCUUUGCAGACACAAAUGAUGUUGAGAGCAGGACCAUGUAUAAUUACCCCCAAGACCUUCAUAAGCACCAAUCAUCAUGGUGAUGACCAAAGUGUAUCUGGAUGAACCCUACAUAGCUCAACGUUGGCUGGAGUUGCUGGGAGUUGCAGUCGAAAACAUUUGUGAGGCAAUUUGCAAGACAUCCAGGUGGAGUAGUCUGGUAGAAAGCACAAAACUUAGCUUAGUGUUUGGGAGGUGGCUUUGGUAGUGCAACACAACAGAAUUUUUUUGGACAAGUCUGGAAUGCGAAUCCCAUAGCAAGUAGCUGUCUAUUUGUUUAAGGAAGGGAGCAUCUGGAGGAGACCACAUCGAUUGCUUCUGGCUUAAGUUAUAAAGCCAAGAAAAACAUUACUGGGAGGUGGGCAGGGAGUAACACUGUUUUUCUGGCAACUGUUUGAAAAACAGAAGAAUCCAGCCAGGCAAGCUUCCCCCCUCCUUCCCCUGGUGAAUUGGCAUGGCAACUCUAAUCCCACCCACACUGUGAUUAGCAGACUGUUGCCCUGAUAUUAUCAGUGACUCGAAUAAGGUGCAGAAAAGGGCAGACAAAAUGCCCAGAGGUAUGGGAUACCUUCUGUACAGUGGUACCUCGGGUUAAGAACUUAAUUCGUUCUGGAGGUCCGUUCUUAACCUGAAACUGUUCUUAACCUGAAGCACCACUUUAGCUAAUGAGGCCUCCUGCUGCUGCUGAGCCACUGCUACGCGAUUUCUGUUCUGAUCCUGAAGCAAAGUUCUUAACCCGAGGUUCUAUUUCUGCUGUCGGUUUUUGAAAUCUGCAUGAGUAUCACCAAGCUUGAGCAAAAAUUCUGACCCCUAUUUCCCCCUCAUGCUAAUGGGAUUGCAGACUAGGCCCAGCCCUGUUUAGACUCCCAGGCCCUGUUAACUACUCCCCUCCCCACCACACUUUUCACCUACCAUCACCUGUACUUGGACCUUGAAUGUUAGUUGCAUUCAUUUAAAUGCUUUGCUAGUGACAAGUACAACUGAAAGUGUAUAGCCCAUUGUGUCCAAAACCCUUGCAAACAUGUCCACCAUUCAUUGUUGCUUUAGAAAUAUUUACCAGCUCACCUAUUCACACAUUUUCAUUAUGUGUGUGUGUGUGUGUGUGUGUGUGUGCGCGCGCGUGUGCGCUUAACAGCUUAACAAUUCCCAUCUACAAAAGCUGCCCUCUCUGGUCACCUUGAAAUAAUUCCUUCUCACCACUGGUUAGUCAUCAAACAAGUUUCCAAACUUCAUAAAAAGCCUGUUGUGACUGAUUGUGCUGUUUUCUUUUCUUUUUGGUUGAAGCAAUACCUCAACAAGUAUUAUGGGUGCCCGAAAGAGAACUGCAACCUCAUGGUGCUAAAAGAUACCUUGAAGAAAAUGCAGAAAUUCUUUGGGCUUCCUGAAACUGGAGAACUGGACCAAAACACCAUAGAUACAAUGAAGAAACCCCGUUGUGGCAAUCCGGAUGUGGCCAAUUAUAAUUUCUUCCCGAGAAAACCAAAAUGGGAGAAAAAUCUCGUCACAUACAGGUAUGCAUACAUACUAUCAGGCAAAACAUUCCAUGUUAGGGUGCAAUCUUAACCUCGCUUAUCUGGGAGCAAGUCCCAUUGAAUAGACAGGCAUACCUUGGUUGUCCCAAGAAGGAAGCCUUUUUAUAACUUCUAGCAGUUUAGCAAGGCCAGGUAACUUUGGAGGGGAGAAGGAGAUCUAUCUAUCAGAUUCACUGGUCCCAAGCUGUUUAAAGCCUUACAAGUCCACAUGAAUGUCUUAAAGCUAGCUUGGUAAGCAAACCAGCAGCCAGUAUGCUUGUAAUGAUAAUAUUAUAUUGAUUUGUUCUUGUUCUUAUUAUGUAUUUUCUGUUCUCAUUUUGUAUUUUUAUGUUGUGAACUGCCCUGUGAUCAUCAGAUGAAGGGCAGUAUACAAAUUUUGAUGAUGAUGAUGACAGACAGCGAGAGAUCAAAAAAUGGAAGUAGAUUUGUAAGAGUAGUUUCAAAACAUCUCCUCCUCUUUGCUUCAAAUGUAUAGGAGGAAAAGCAAAGCAUGAAUGGGUUACCUCUGAGACGCCAGUGUUGUACAAGACAAAGCAAGCCUGAGGUGCAAUGUAGCUUUCCCAGAAUUGAAAUCUCAACACUAAGAGAUGUCCUACUCUUUACACAGCUGGAGCAAUCUGAACCCUCAAUAUUCAUCAUUAAAAAGAGGGGGAGCAUCUUUGGCCAUUAUUCCAGAACACCAUGAGUUCUUCUGGGAGAAUAAUGGCUAUCCCUUUCUUUCAAAUGCUGUUGUUCCAUACAACUCCACAGAACAAAACACCACAGGCUCCACUUUGUCUGCCUCUCUCUCCUUCUGCUUCUUAAAAAAUAAAAUAAAAUAAAUGUAGUUUUUUUUUAAUCUGGCACUUUGAGCUGGAGGUAUUAACCCCACAUCCAUGUUAUGCCUGCAGAAAGAAAGCCGAACCAAAAUUACCCUGCGAUCUGGACAGCAAAUAGUUUAACAAGCACUUCAUCGUCCAUUAAAGUCUGGAGGGAUAAGUCUUAGGCGGAGGAAGUACAGCAGGGCUCUUUUAAUGAUUUCCAUAUCUAUUUAAGUCCUGUGGCUCAGCUUUUUAGUGUGUGCAUCUUUUUCCAGUGCCUUGUACAGACAGUGUUGCUGGCCAGAAAUUAAUAAUGGCACACAAGCAAGGUUGUGUGUGUGUGUGUGUGUGUGUGUGAGAGAGAGAGAGAGAGAGAGAGAGGCUGCAAUUCUGUUCGUACUUAUUUGGGAAUAAGCCCCACUGAACACCGUGGAACUCGCUUUAAGAAAAAAACCAAGGGAUCAGGCCAUACAUUUUGUAGGAAUUCUGGCUUAAAGCAAGGAUGGGGAACAUCUGUGGUCCUCUAGAUAUUGUUUGGCUACAGCUCCUGUCAUCUCUGAAUUUGGGCUUGCUGGGAGUUGGAGUCAAAUAGCAUAUGGAUGUUCUCUAUCCCUGGUUUGAAAGGUUGCUUUAUGCUUUCUUUCCGGAGCAUUUUAGGGACAUUGACCCAAGUUUUGGGUCUUUCCUAUUAAGCCCCAGAUCCCCUGAGCUUCUCUUCCUUUAAGCACUUUAAAAGAAAUUGUUUAAAGGGGUUGUUACUCAUGGUGCAAAUUGCCAUGCCAGUGAGAUCCAAGGCACCCCGCUAUCUUAAUUUGCACAUAUAAACUAGUCCUCCCCAGGUGGACCCAAUCUGGCACAACCUGUUCUGGCCAAAUCCCAGGUUAACCCCAAUCUGCCCAAUUUGCUUUGGGAUUUGGCUAUACAGUAGCUGGUUCACAGCUCUAGUAAUAUAAUAAUAACCACCACCAUCACCACCACCAGCAGCAGCAUUACAAGAACACUGUGCAACAAGGAAUUAGAACAGACAUGAAUCCUUCACACACAUACCCCCCCAAAAUGACGAGUCUUAUGUUAAAAGACUGAUAGCUAUAGGGCUCUUUGUAUUGCUUUUGCUGCAAGAGACUUAGUGUGGCUGCUAUCCCUUUCGGGGAUUUUCUCCACCUGAUCCAUACCCUUCUCUGUUUUCUCACCCCACCCUACCCUACUUUUAUUGUGAAGGAUUUUAGGCUACACCCCAGAUCUGGACUCAGAGACUGUGGAUGAUGCUUUUGCCCGAGCCUUUAAAGUCUGGAGUGAUGUCACACCACUGGAGUUUUCCCGAAUUCAUGAUGGUGAAGCAGAUAUCAUGAUCAAUUUUGGACGAUGGGGUAAAUAUCUCCAUACAGCAUUAAGGAUAAGAAAACCUGAGGGACAAUAUAGCUCUCUGUCCAUUUCUGCCUUCUCCCUUCUGUAUCUAUCUUGGUCUGCACAGGGGAUUUAUUACCUGGUACUUUACCCUUUCCCACCAGCUCUCUUCCAAUGCAUGAACAGAAAUACAUUCAGGAGAUCUAGGUAUGUAGACCACCCACCCACAGAGCACUUGACUGGACCAGUCCAAUAGCAUAUAUAUAGUGUACUUCAGAACUGUUCAAAUUCACCUGGUACAGUCAUUAUCUCAGUUGUCCUUACAUCAGGUAGCAGAACUAGGAAUUCUUUCAAGGGGAAAGGAGAAAAGAGUAGGGCCAAGGGUGGUUUGGGAUGGCUCUGAGGGCUGAUCAGAACAAUUGGGGGAAGGUUUAGAGGCCAUGGCCAGUUCAAAACCACCAUCAUGAUUGGUGGGAGAGAGACAGCCACUCCUGUCUUUGAGGCCCUCCAGACAAGUGGGGCAUUUUUUGUGGGUGUCUUCUGCAACAUGUCUUUGAUGCAAUAAUAAGGUAUCAGUGGUGGAUUUAUACUGGGCGUCAUUCCACUCUAUUCAUUGUUCUGGAUUGCUUCUCUGGUGUUCAUUCAUUGUUGCCAUUUGGAGGAGGACUAUAGUGCAACAAAAGUGGGAUAAUACCACCACCACCACCCUGGAACAUUUGGGGUAUAAAUAGUUACAGGAUUUCAGGACGAAGCUAACAGGACAUGUAGCAAUUGGAAAUGAAGCAGUAUCUCUGCCUUGAAACAUUUGCAUGCUCAAACAGGACUGAAAGUGAGAUUGCCUAAAGCUGCCCUGAUGCCAUCCUGACCACCAAUCCUCAUGAAGGAACAAUGAAAAAGGAUAUAUGGAGGGGCUUUUAUUUCAACUGACCUGAAUGUGGGCAGUUGGGCACAUGCAGACAUACUCACCCAACCAGGCCCAUUUUGUUUGUUUGGUCCAUUACAAUGGCAUCAUAGAAUUGAUUAUUUGGAAGGGAUCUGGUUGUCCACUGUGAGAAAAGGAUGCUGGGCUAGAUGGGCUUUUGGCCUGAUCCAGCAGGUCCCUUCCUAUGUUAUUAAGUCUGCUCCAUUCUUCUGGGAUUCUGCCCUUCUAUUUCUACGAAGGGGUUUCACUUCUCAGCUAUGCUCUGCCAGUGUGCCUUCGGCUGGCCUUGCUCUAACCUAAGGUACACAUAGCUGAGAACUCAGGGUUUGGCUGGGAGCAUCUGACAUUUGUUUCCAAUGGCAAGGGAUCAAACCCAGAAAGUCCUCAGUGAUGCAAAAGUGGUCACCGCAGGCAGUGUCGUUGGCCAGGCUGCUGGUGAGAAACUGAUGAAUAACAGGGUUAUGCCCUUGCCAGGAGGUUGCUUUUCCAAGAAAAGCUUUCGGUGAAAUAAUGGGAGAAGCCAAGAACUCGGCCUUCACCCGAGGAGGAAGGAGAGACUUGAAAUGACUUGGUGCAGAAAAUACACACAGCUUUAUUCAUAGACACUCAAGUGGGGGGGGGGGGAGAGAGAGAGAGAGAGAGAGAGAGAGAGAGAGAGAGAGAGAGACCCUGAAUAGCUCCAAGGUAGAACAUCUGCUUUGUAUGCAUAAGGUCCCAGGUUCAGUUCCUGGCAUCUUAGUAUAAGGCAGUUUCCUAUGUUGGUGGGGAGACCACAAUAAAGAAGGCAAAAAAGGAAAAUGCAGUGUUUAUUUACAUAUUUCAGAGGUGUGUUUUCCCACUACUGCCAAUAGGUCCCCAAGAAGAUUUUUCAUCAAUAAAAUGUAAAUCAGCACAAGAGAUUAAAAAUCAAAUAUAAUAAAAAGAAUUCCUUAACUCAAACGCACACAAAGUAAAACAGAAAGGGAAGCAUCAUCAGCCCAUAAAAAUUGUAGAAAAAACAACCUAGCUAUUUUAAAGAGGGCAUGAUUAUUCAACCAUUUUAGAUAUUUGUUUUCCUGUAUUUAAUGCCACUUGAUUUCUUCUUUCUUCUGCAGAGCAUGGUGAUGGGUAUCCUUUUGAUGGAAAGGAUGGUCUCCUGGCUCACGCCUUUGCCCCUGGGCCCGGGGUUGGUGGGGACUCCCAUUUUGACGAUGAUGAGCUUUGGACUUUGGGUGAAGGACAAGGUAUGGCAGCUGCUGAUUGAUUCAAAACAUCGCCAAAUGUCAACUGUUACCAGAAAGACUGGACAGCAAAACAGUGUAGAUCAGCUUUCCCCAACCCAAUACUAUCUAGAUGUUGUUGGACUCCAACCCCCACCAUCCCUAACCACUGACUAUGCUAGCUGAGGCUGAUGGGAAUUGGAGUCUGAAAUAUACAGAGGACACCAGAUUUGGGAAGGCUGGUAUAGAUUUAGGGCUGAUCCCUCAGAAUUACCUUCAGGUGACCAUUGGCAAUGUUGGCUCAGGGUGAUAGGUGCUGGAGUCCAGCAACAUUUUCAUAUGCUAAUAUUUAGGAACUUAUGCAAAAUACUAUAAUUUAAAUGCAUCUCACACCAGAGUGGGGAAGAUUAGAACCAAGUGAAUGGUGAGCACCAGCUCACUUUGAGGUCUUCACAGAUUCGCUUACAUUAAACAGCUCCCACUGUUUAAUGUAUUUCCAGAUGACUCUCCUGUAGUUCAAUGUCUAAGCAAGUUCUUUUAGCUACCGUGUUCUUUGACACCCCGCUCUAGAAAUUAUACUGAGAAACUCACAUUUAUAUUUUGACCCCUCCUGACAGAGUCUCUGUUCUUUCCCUUUCAAGUUGUUAGAGUGAAAUACGGCAAUGCAGAUGGGGAAUUCUGCAAAUUCCCAUUCCUGUUCAACGACAAAGAAUAUAACAGCUGCACCGACGCGGGUCGGAGUGAUGGAUUCCUUUGGUGUUCGACAACAUACAACUUUGAUGCGGAUGGCAAAUACGGAUUCUGUCCCCAUGAAUGUAAGUUGACUGACAGAAGCAGAGAGCUGCGCUUUGUUUUAAUUUGGAAGCAUAUUGUGGCCUUUCCCAGAUGACAUGUAUGAUGUCUUUAGUUUCUCAUUGGAAAUAUGGGGUCAAUGGUUGUAUCAGUGUGCCUCCAAUUGUGUAAGCUGGCCAGGUCCCUUCCAUGCAAAAUCCCUUUGGAGACAUCAGAGUGCUGGUCUGGACAUGAUAGUUUUGGGGUGCACUUGUGGUAUAGUGCUUUAAAUAGAAGGUACAAAUGUGGCUGAAAUCUCACCGCUAUCAACUUGAAACCAAUCAGCUUUUUGCUUUUAAGAUUUUUGCCUACUCCAUCCCAGAUAUUUAGCAAAACUAAAAAAAUGACGUAUUUAAUCUUGUUUUGUUGGUUUGGUGUUGUUUUUCCAAGGCUUUGUUUCCCCAUAAGCUUGCCACACAAGGGGAUCCCACCACAGGUGAUAAGAUGUCCCCUGGUGUACUCCAAGAAGCCAAAAAAUUAGAGACAGGCUCUUACUCAGGGGUCGGCAAGGCUUACUGGGCAUGGGCUGGAUCACUCCCGCAGAGAUCCUCCGUGGGCCAGGCCGGCACAGCGCUAUACCGCAAAUCGCUUCUGUGCAUGCCUAGAUGCCGAAAAUCGCGCCUGCGCAGAAGCAAUUUCCGGUACUGCGGACAUGCGCAGAUGCAAUUUCCAGUGUCUGGGCAUGCACAGAACUGAUUUCUGGAGCCGCGGAAGAGAGUCCCCACGCCGCUUUAGCGCAGCACGCAAGGACUCACUGAGCGGGUGUCUCAGUUUGGGGUUGGCUCAUGGGCUGGUUAAAUGACCCUCAUGGGCCCCUUCCGGUUUACUGGAGCAUUAUGCCAACAACAUAUAAUUUGGACUUGUUAAUCCCCACAACUGGUUUUCUGAGGCAAACCUCUUUUGGCAGUGGUGUUGCUAGUAGCCAUGAUGGCUAUGUACUCAUGGAUAGUUUUAUCUCCUGUGAAUUUAUCUACUCUCCUUUUAAAGCCUUCCAAGUUGGUGGCCAUCUUGUGGCAGUGUAUUCCCUUGUUUAAGUAUGCACUGUGUGCAAUGCUAAAAUUUGUCUGGUCUGAAUCGCUCACCAUUGAACUUCACUGGAUAACCUAAGUUUCUAAUAUUAUGGAGAGGGAGAGGGAGAGAGAGAUUACUCUUGGCUUGCUCUUUAAUUCUUUUUUAAACUAGAAUGGAUGGAAUUUGAACCACUUGUAUUCAAAGCAUGCAUUCUGCCAUGCUCUGCUAGGGGAAGUGGGUCUGGAACCUGAAGAAUGGUGGUGCUUGCACAUCACACUAAUAAAAUCUCUGCAAAAUAAGAGUGAUGCUUUAUCUUGGGCAGGUACCAGGAAAUAGACCCUACUCAUUGUAAGUACAGUAGAAAAAUAUGAGUUGCACUUUGAUGAGUUCCAUCUGUCCACUUCCAUAUUGUAAGACAAGAAUUAUAGAGCUCUUAUCGGUCUCUCAGAGAAAUAUAACUGUAUGUUGCCAAAGAUAGGUAAGUGAGAUGAGACCAUUAGAUCCCAGUUAUCUUCAUUCUGCCACAUUUUGUUGUACGGGAAGCCUUGAAGCUUUCAGAGGCAGAAAAUGAUUUUUAAGCUCAGCAAAUAUCUUGGGGCUUUUCUUCUUCUUACAAAGCUCUUCAAGCUGCCCAGUUUUUAAGCAGAGAAAAAGUGACGCUCUAUACUUUGAGAAACUGCACAUUCAAAUACUGAGGGGAAAGUUCUGUGGAAUCUGGCAAGCUGAGCUUCUAUUUGGUUCCUUGCUCUUGCUAGCUGUGGAUAUAGAAAGCCAAGAUUUACAGACAAUUUCUCUCUUUGAAAUUUGGAAGGAAUUCUUAAAGGGGAAAAACUUGUUCACAGAUUGUAAAAUUGGUGCGGUCUGUUGUUCUCAAGCCAGGAUGUCAAAUGUGGAGACAAUUUUUAGGAAGGAGGAAAGUUAGAUGCUAAAUAUAUAUGUAUCUACUUUCUCUCUGCCAACACACUUUGCUCCUCCUAAUAAAAUAUCUCUCUGGCUGGUCCUGUAGUGGGAAAUGAUGUCCCUGUUCUCUUCCAGCAUUAUGUCCUUCUAUUUCUUAUACACCAGCAGCAUUGUCAGAUCCCUUAAAUGUCGAACCUGACACUUGGGAGGUGCAGCCUUGGAGCUAAAAGGUGAUGCUUGGCAGAAUUGGGGGUGGAGACUGGUGAGAAAAGGUGCAGCCUAGUGGUACAUGAGGAGCACAGAAGGUUGGACCAUGCCUUGUACCAAUCUACCACCUAUUAAGCUACCAGGAAAUGACUCAGCACAAACAAUACAGAGACUGCAGAAGGGACAGAGAGAGUUUGAAGAAGAAUGCAAGCUUGUUUAAAUAAUGUUCUUAAUUUUAUAUUACUCCUGCUUGAUUCUUAAUGAUAGCUCACACCACCCGAAAAAUGGCUGACACCUCCAAAUGGAGCCUUGUGGAUGAGGUGAGGUGGAGAGAAUUUCAGAAGCAAAGAAGUAGCUUGCUCACUUGAAUCUUUCUGCUCAUCUUGAUAGCCUUCCUCCAUCUUCCAUGGAGGCAAACCAGUGGCAUUAUCACAGUACAGGUACACAUUCAGGCAGGCAAAAGCACCUAAGGAGGACGCAGAGCAGGGUUGGUGAGUGUGUGGUCUUGGAAGAGAGGCAUGGUCAGAAGAGGCCUAGGGACAAGAUAGAAAGCCCUGUGGAGCCACAUCUGGUUCUCAGGCCUGAGGUUCCUACCUCUUUUUAAACACAAAACCCCAUGGCCCUUAUGUUUCAAAUGAGCAUGUUCCAGCUUGCAUCCUGACCGGGACAGAGUGACUUCUUUCUUUAUGGUUGUCAUAUCACUAAAGACUUCUCUGCUGUUCACACAACAAAGAAGGCUAAAGAAAAUGGCAGAAAGACAAAGGACUGUUUGACUUUUCCCUGUGUCUUCCUGUGUCAGCCAGGAGCCUACAGUCACUCCAGGAUGAAGCAACAUUGUACUCAGUUUCCAUAUGUUUGUGAUGGAUUUGGGUUUGGUUUUUUUGCAACUUGUACAUGGCUAAUAAAAUGUGCAUUUGAAAAUGUGGAGGCGUACAGCUGGAAGAAGCUUAAGUGGAAAGCGAGUGACUCAUCUUAGCUCACUCAUCUUUUUUUGUUUGCUCCAGCAAAGAUACUUUGCAGAAAAAGAAUUCAAAGACAGGCCUUUGGAUAACAUUUCUUCUCCUGGAACUUCUUUGCCCUAGAUCAGGAAAAGUGAGGAACCACAGACCCAGGGGCCAAAAGUGGCUGACUUGUGAGCAGAGGAUUCCCUCCUGUGGUGCAUUUGAGGUCUUCCCUUGGUGCUCACUUUUCCCUCUCUGCCCCAUUGGUCAUUGAGCUGAAAAAGAAAGUUGAGAAAGUGACUCUCUUUCCCAUUUUCUCUUUCAGUUCUGUGUGCAUUUCAAAGCUCAGAAGAGCCUUGGAUCUUACUUUUGCCCAGAUCUCUUGGGAGAAUCGUGUGUGUGUGUGUGCUCGCACGUGCACACACACUUUCUCUCUUUCUGUCUCUUGGAAGGGAGUUGAUCUGAGGGAGAGAAAUGAUCAAAGGACGUGCUGCCCACAGCAUUCACUCCAAAAUCCAAAUGUGCCUACAUUGAACUAAAAAGGUUGGCAUCCUCUGGUCUACAAUGUUUAACUGGACUUCCUGGCAGACCAAGAAUGAUUCAUGGGCUGCAGGUUCCUCACUCCUAGAAGGUUGCAGGUCUAAUCCUGGACAACCACUCUCAGUCAAUGUCAACUGUGCAAUGGUAGCAGCUUUUCAGGGUUUCAGGCAAAAGUCUUUGCCAGCAGUACCUGGAGAUACCAGAGACUAAGCCUGGGACUUUCUGCACACAAGGUACACACUCUACCAUUGGGCUUGCAUCAAGUUACAUAGUGGCAAAUCCAGAAGGGCAGGAUCCCUUCAUCAUUGUUGCAGGCUAGAUUAUACAGCUUCCUAAGAUGAUAGAAUAACCUUACAAUUAUACAACAGUAAGGGGUGCAUUGCAACAAUCAAUGCAGAUCUCCAUGUGUUGCCUUUCAGCUAGAUCUACUGUUUUCUGUGCAUGUACAUGGACAAAUGUUUUUGAGUGCUCCAAUAUCAUCUUUUGGGGUGACUUGAGUUGUGUUUUCCUUGAAGUUCCAUGGUAUGUAACAGAAAUUGUGCACUGUCCUUGUGAAACAGAAUAACCCUGCGGUGUUCUUCUUAUGUGCCUUCUCCAGAGUGACCCCAGGAGCCAAUCCUCAGUAGCUGACUGACCUCCUUUCACUCUCAUUGGCUCCAAUCAGAACAAAGAGUGAGAAUACUUCUCAGUGGCUGCAAAGCUCCCCUUUCAUGGUGAUUGGGCAGCUGUAGGAGAUGGGGACCCUACUGCAGAAGUAGUAAUAGCUCUUUGCCUCAUCACUGAUUCCAGACCACUAUACCUCUGGCCGCGCAGUGGUGUAGCGUGGGUUGUCAGCACCCGGGGCAAGGCCGCGUAGCCACAUGUGCAGUGGAUUAAAGCGCAAAUGAUAUCUUCCAAAUGUUUGAAAUGUCUUCCUCCUCCUUCUGCAGUGCUAUUCACAAUGGGUGGAAAUGGUGAUGGGCAGCCGUGCAAGUUCCCCUUCAAAUUUCAAGGCAGCACCUAUGAUAGCUGUACCACGGAAGGAAGAACAGAUGGAUACAGAUGGUGUGGGACCACUGAAGAUUAUGAUCGAGAUAAGAAAUUUGGAUUUUGUCCAGAGACAGGUAGAGUUGCUUUGCUAUUGCAUGGGUAGAUUUAUGUCAAUGAAAGCAACCUCUCCCCUAUGACAUUGGUGGCUGUGUGUUAAUGCUUCUUAAAUCAUUACUCUUCUCUUUGGAGAGAGGACCUUUUCAGGUUUCUUAAUCUCCUAAGGAUGGGAAGAUGGAAAGAAGCAGGUGUUACUUUUCAUGCCAGAUGAUGAUGUAUGACAGUGGUGGCAGGUGCUCUUUGGGACUGGUGGGGUAGAAGGCCCAGGGACCACUAGUAAGUGGCGCUGGAGCCAAUGAUAGGCAGAACCAGAGUCAUCUUGCUCCCUGCUGAGUUCUGCAGGGGCAACACUGCAAAAAAUAAGAUAUGGGUAAACUGAAGGAACCAAAAGCUGAAACAAACUAGAAUUCCAGGAGCACAGACAGAAUGGCAGAGUGAAUCCAGAAAAUAAUGAAGGGGCUGAAUGGGAAAGGGAGAAAUCAGCUCUUAUUUUUGCUUCUUCUUUUCUGCAGCAAUGUCAACGGUUGGUGGAAACUCUGAAGGAGCACCCUGUGUUUUUCCUUUCAUAUUCCUUGGGAAUAAGUACGAGUCCUGUACCAGCUCUGGGCGUCAGGAUGGGAAGAUGUGGUGUUCCUCAACUAGCAACUAUGAUGAAGACCGCAAGUGGGGAUUUUGUCCAGAUCAAGGUAGCUCUUUUCCUCAUAUUUAUUAUUUAUUAUUUGAUUUACAUCCCACUUUUCUCCAAGGAGCUCCCAGUGGCAUACAUGGAUCUCCCUCUCUUCAUAUUAUCCCCACAAUAACCCUGUGAGGUAGAUUAAGCUGAGAAGUUGUGACUGGCCCAAGGUCACCCAGAGAGCUUCAUGGCCAAGUGGGGAUUUGAACUCAGGUCUUCCAGAUUCUAGUCUAACUCCCUAACCACUACACCACACUGGCUGUCAUAUAUGCAUACUAGCUCCAGUUCUCUAAAGUAGGAAUUGGGGAUGCACAAUCACUCUAGUUCCAACAUGGAUAGGGAUAAAUUUGACGCAGUUAACAUUUAAAGGUGAACCUACAUAUCUUGCCCUUUCUCAAACAAUAUACAAAUUGAAUCAAUAUCAUCCUUCAAUAUUUGCACUUCUUUGAAUUUUGCAUUGUGGUUCUCCCAUCAUGUAAUGUAUACAAAAAUGCCAAUGCAGGGGGUAAAGUGUGCAUACAUAUACAUAUCUUUGUGAAAAUAACAUACAAAAAUAUAUUAGGGGAAAUUACUUUGCAAACAUAUGUAUUCUAUAUUAGGCAAAAUUGCACACAAUUGGUGUGUUAGGAAACAUUUGGAACAAAAUGGUGGUGGAAACUGAGGUGCAAAUAUGGAGAACUGAACUUAAAAGUUGCAAAAUGAGAAACAAAACUGCUGGUAUCCUCCCACUCCUAAGAAGAAAAUAGCAGGGCUGCCCUCUGGGGUCUCCUGGGCUCUACACAUGUCUGGCAUGAUUCGGGGGGGGGCAUUUUGUGAUUCACCUCAGGUGCCAAAAUGUCUUCAGCCAGCCCUGCUUGUGGACAUUCCACUAUGUCCCUAUGUGGAUUUGGUUAGGAUGAUUCCAGGGGUUCCAGGGAAAUCCUAAAAAAAAUAUGCAUCUUAAAACAGUCACCUGAGCAAAAAAGCAAAUUGAGGCAUACUUAUGAAGCAUACUGAGAGUUGUUCUGCAUUCCUUCAUCUCCUUAGUCUUGCUUUUAACAGAAUAUAGCUGCUUGGAGCAGCUUCUGGAUGUGGCACCUCAACAACGGCAGAUAGAAAUUAUUUCAAAAACAGUGCAGGAAGUGACUGUGCACCAUUUUCUUCUCUUUUAUUGUACAUACAACAUACCCUCAUGCUUUACAGCUGGGUGCAGCCAUUUUGCUGAGCACACAACCCUCCCUCCUCUUAAACAUGUUGGUCUUGGGGUAAGCUUGCAAAACAGAUUGAACCAGAUUGUGGUUGCGUUUGUCCUUGGUGAAUCAAAACAUCUCACUUAGGCACUUCUCAGAAAUACGACCUAGAAUAUUAUGUAGAAUGGAUUGCAAAACAGCAAAACAUAAAACAAAUGAGUCACCUUCACAACAGGAAGAAGAGUUGUCUCAUGCAGUUUCCUAAGUGAUGACCUCUGAAGACAGGAACAUAGGAAGCAUUCAACUGAAGGCCAGAACAAAGUUUACAAGAACAACUGUGGUCACAUGUGGUUAUUUCCAUAUUAAAUUGAACCCUGCUUUUUCAGUAAUUCUGAUAAUGUGGAGUGAACCUAUACAUGUUUCUUGUUGUUGCUGCUGCUCCUGCUGCUGUUCUCAUUCUUCUUCAUUAUUCCUCGCAAAAUUACAACAUACAAUGUUAAAAACAGUUAAAACCAAUUUCAGUCAAGAAAAUAGGGUGGGUCCCAAAAUAUGCAUUUGUCAAAGGCCAUGGUAAAGAGAUUUAUAUUCAACAUCUGACACAGACUACACAAUGAAGGUGCCAGAUGCACAACCAUGGGGAGGGAAUUCCACAGCUUAGGGGCUACUACCAAAAGCAUAUGUAGGGAAGGAGGGGGCCCUUCGGCUAUUUAAGGCCUAAGUUGUUUGUGUAUGUCAGAGGCCAGGGCACAACACAAGAUCCCACUCUGCUUUCCACACUCAUUCAAAGAUUUCUGAAAAGAAGCUAUAACAGUUGAAUGAUACUGUAAACACAAUGUCACCUCUUUUCCUUUGUGCCAACAAUGCAGUGUCACCUGUCCCCGGGCUUUCUCUGCUGAACACCUGGAAUAUUUUUAAACACUCCAUAGCACCUCAGAAGCUUUGCUAGCACAGCUAGGCUAUGUCUGAUUUCAGUACACAGAAGCCGGAUCUCUUCCAACCCCUAGUAGCAGAGCUUUUAAGGAAUAGUCAGAUUGGCUCUGUAAUUAAAUAUAUAGAUAGCAUUAUGUUCAAACUGCCCCAAACCCGGUUUGUUUUUCUUUCAGGCUACAGCCUUUUCCUGGUUGCUGCUCAUGAAUUUGGUCAUGCCAUGGGACUAGAGCAUUCUGAAGAUCCUGGAGCACUCAUGGCCCCCAUCUAUACCUACACCAAGAACUUUCGGCUUUCCCAGGAUGACAUCACGGGAAUCCAGGAACUUUAUGGUAAUAUUUCCACUUGUCCAAAACACAUGUACUACAUUUUGGCCUAUAGCAGAACACAUACUGUCCAAAGAAGCUUAGCUGAUACAAAACCCCCUGAGACAUCUCAGGUAUUCUACCAGCCAGGCUGAUAAAGAUAGUGUUUAAAUAAGACUGAAUAUCCCUUGCCACAGGGUUGGCCCUACCAUUAGGCUGAGUGAGGCAGACUCCUUGGGCAGAGAAUGCUGAGGGGCAAGAAGCAGUGAUAAGGUGCUGGAGGACAGAUCUGUGUGCCUUUCAUUCUGCCCUGGGACCCAUAGGCUCUCAGUUGCAAUGGACAUAUGAACCCAGGGACAUAAGAAGUUGCCUUAUACUGAGUCAUACCUUUGGUCCAUCUAAUACAGAGUGGUAGCAGCUCUCCAGGGUUUCAGACAGGGGACAAUCCAAGCCCUACCUGGAGGUGCUGGGAGUUGAACCUGGAGCUUUCUGAAUGCAAAGAAGAUGCUCUGUCACUAAGCUGCAGCCCUUCUUUUUACCACUGGAUCCUGCUGCCCCAUUUCCAAUGCUAACAUAAGAUACAUCUGCCAGUCUGGUCAGCUUCUGUCUAUGGAGCAAGGGAGUAGUCAUUUGUCCUUUGCCUCAUGCUUCAAAUGGUCACCCCUUUCCAUCCACCUCUAUUUGUUGCCCUGAUCCUCAGGCACUACAUUUUACUUUCACCAGAAAUAAAUUUGGAAAUGAAAUUGUGUUGUUGUCCUCUUGUUGACAUCUCUUUUUUAAAAAAGGAAUAAUCACAUUAAGACCUCAUUCCAUUAUCAACCUUCCCUUUAUUUGCAGGGGGCUCUACUGACGUUGGUCCAGGCCCAAGUCCAACACUUGGGCCAGUCACCCCUGAACUAUGCAACCAAGACAUUGUAUUUGAUGCUGUUGCUCAACUCAGAGGGGAAAUCUUCUACUUCAAAGACCGGUAGGUGGGAGGAAAUAGUCUGUUUUACUCAAGUUAUCUUGUACCAAAGCAAAGCAGAAGCCGAGGGUCUAUGAUCAAGUGUUAUUCAUGUUGUUGGGUUCUGCGGGGUCAGUCUGGAUGAUGCCUUGAGUCAAGUGGUAUAGAUAAAUAAAUGAAGAAGAGGUACAGCAUCUGAUGAGCUACAUUCUUUGAAAGAAGGGAGUCUUGGAGAUAAACUGAAGUUGGCAUGUUUGCUAUAUCUGGGACUUCCUGUCUCUCCCUUUAAUUCUCUACUUAGACUAGCUCUUGUUUUGCUAUGGCAAUAAACAUGUUAAAAGUAUUGUCAGCAGUACUGCCAAGAGAAGGAAAACCCCAGUUCCAAUGUUACAAAACUGGCAAGGACAAAAAUGUCAGUGGAUAUUGCAUUGUUCCAGACAUACAAGAACUGUGUACAUUUUUAAAAUGACCAGAUUUGUUCCAACAGUUUUGGAAGCUGACCCAGUUAUGUGCAGCGCAGAAACAUGAGAGGCUUGGAUGCUUUGACUUAAACCAAAUAACCCAUCCAGGCAUGCUCAGGAAAAGGAGCUUUCAAAAUCCAAGCCACUUAAUAGUUGUUGGUGCCGGCUGCAUGCCCAGAAAUCUCUCCCCUGUUGAAUUUUUCAGCUGGAAUUCUCUUGGAUUUUCCUGAAGUACUAAAAUGGCCCUUUCUAACUUGCUAACUCUGGCUUGAAAAAGAAAGGCCCUGUUAUCUUGUCUCAUCCCUCCCUCCACUGCAGAGAGACAGAAUGGUUCCAUACCUGAGAUCAGGGAUUGGGAUCCUGUGACCCAGCAGAAGUUCAUGAACUGCAGCUCCCAUAUCCCUGAUCAUUGGUCAUGCUAACAGGGGUUGUUUGGAGCUGGAGUCCAGCAAUAUAUUGAGGGUAACAAAUUACCAUCUCCUCUUAAUACAAGGCAUUCAGUAAAUUAGUUGCUUGUGAGAUUGGCUCACUGGUGUCAGCUUCCCCCCUCCCUUUGAACAAAAUAUGAAACCUUAGAUGGAAUAAUAUCUAAGGUAACUUUUCUGCUCUGUCAAUGGAAAAACUUAUAGAGCUGUAUUCAAUGCAGUUCAAGGUUAAAUUCACUUCAUGGUAUACUUGUUGUACUGGUGAAAUGUCUUGCAGUGCAAGAGAAUGCAUGAGCAGAUUGCUGGUAACUUUGUUGCACAACAGAUGGCACAAUCUCUUGUGCAACGAGUUUCUGCCAGUGCAGCUGUUGUCUUGGUUUCAUCUACUGUUGAACAUUAAAAUUAACCCAUCCACUAGCACAAAAGCCCUUGCAGUAGUGAACGGAGAACACUGGGUACAACCCAAAAUUUGCUUCCCCUGUGAUGACACGUGACCACUGACCUAUGAUAGUAUCUCAUGCAUCUUGGUAUGCUCAUGAACACCAGGGUGGUCUAGGUGGGUCUAUUGGCACAGGAUGUUCAACAGCUUCCGUUCUGUCCAAGUGACAAACCGUGGAAAGGUCCUAUGUGAUUACUUCUGCCCAUGUGGCUGUAAUAUUAAUUGUGCAUUCUGCAGCCGUGUCAGCUGGGACAACAACAGUAGCAGCAGACGGGAGUGCGAAGAAGACCACAUUUUGCACAUAAAUUGUGCUGGGAAGGCCACCUAAGUCCAUGUUCCAGUUACAAAUCAUGACUGUUCUUUUUCACUCCUGCUGAAAUCCAGCCUCCAUUCCACAAAAUGCAAAGCUGGAUAUUGCUGGUAGACAAGGUUCUAAUACAAGCAAGGAAUUUUCUUGACGUUCAGCAAAUUGCAGCCUCAUCCUUUUGGGAAGGGUUCAGCAAACUUGUUGCCUACUGAAAUGGCCAGCUGGUACAAGGCCAUUUUGUGUGUGUGUGUCCUUUGAAUAAAAUGAACUGCUUAUCAAGCAAAGUUGGGGGGGGCAGAGAGAGAGAAUCACAAUGGUGCUUUUGUUAACAUCUUGUGCUUCUCCACUCCCUUUCCACACACACAAUCAACCACCACCGCCGAAAUCAAACUCUAGUUUUUUAAUGCUCAUAAAUCGGAAGGAGGCACUGCCUUAUACAUAAAACAGCUCCUAAAUUACCCGCUUUAUUCCUCUGAUGAGCGGUUUUAAUGCUCCAGGCUUCAUUUACAGCCAAGCUGUUUGAUAGAUGAUCAUUAGAUUUGAUCUUUUUGGUUGCUACAAUCAUAAUCAUCCAGAGUAAUGCACCCAAUACAAAUGUUGGCAUUUGCCAAAUGCGUAUCCAUCUGUUCAACGUGCAGCGACGGGGAUGGUUGAAAGGGUUUAAGUGCCUUGUAAAUGGGUUUAUUUGCUGGGAUAAUUGAAGCACCAAAUACAUUCUUUUUUUCUGUUCUGCGGUAAGAAUUAAUGUAAGUGCUAGUGAACUUGUUAUAAACCAUCAACAGCUGUGUGCGGCACAUUAAGGUGUCUAUGGGACAAAAAUGCCUCCCAAAGAAAGGAAGGCUCACCAACCUUUGAUGCAAUUUUGUUUUAAAAAAAAUCCUAAUCAUUAUGUUUGUGUUGCUGAUGGAUUGUGUGUGUGUGUGUGUGCGUGCACGCGCGCGCGCGUACACACACACACACACAGGCACUUAAAUGCACACACGCACCUUUGCCAGCAGUGAUGAGAAACAGAUGUGCCAAUGAAUCAGCCCUUUGUAAACUCACUGUGAUUUUUCUGCCUAGAUUCAUCUGGAGGACGGCAAACCAACGAAACAGGCCAAGUGGUCCUUUGCUGAUUGCUACGUUCUGGCCAGAGCUCCCAGAAAAAAUUGACGCUGUCUACGAGGCCCCUCAAGAAGAGAAAUCAGUCUUUUUUUCAGGUAGGCUUGGCUGGAAGGUGUACAGUAAGCACAGUUUGCAGAAGUAUGGCAUUCUGUAUCCUUUUAUUCUGUAGACCAUGUUCUUAAAUGAUAAACUCAGGAUGGCUAGGUUGGAGCCCUCCAGUUGUUGUUAGACUGCAACUCCCAUCAUCCCUGGCCAGUGGCCAAGCAGGCUGGGGCUGAUGGGAGAUGUAGUUAGGCAACAUCUGGAGGGCUAUCCCUGACUUAGAGGGGGAAAGUCAUGAUGCAACACAAUUCAUGCCAUCAAGAAAUGCAUGAAAGACCUUAAGAAAAUUAAUAACAGAUCAGUAUCCUGGUGGUGGGAAAGGGGGCUUUAACUGUUUAACCCAUUACAGACCUGUGCUGGAACUUCCUCUGCCCCUUUGCUAUGACUGCUGGUUGUUUACUUUUAUUAUUAUUAUUAUUAUUAUUAUUAUUAUUAUUAUUAUUAUUAUUAUUAUUAUUAUUUAUUAUAUAGCAAAGUGCUCCUAUCUGAAAGUAAAAAAAUACAGCAAUAAUAAAUUAAAUAUAAAAGCACUGCAUGCCCUUUUGUGACUCACAAAUCAGCUGGUUGUGGCAGCAACUUCCUUCUACCUAAUGGUAGGGCUGGACCUGUGACUUGGGCUUUUCAUAUUUUGCAGCAGCAACUCCCAGCUUGCUGUUAGGAUAAUGUGAAAAGGACCCCAUAGUUCUGGGACAGACCAACAGGCCACUCCCUGUGAAGAGGAAUUGACCUAUUGUGUUCUGUUUUUGUUUUUCAUUUGGUUUCGGGUUUGUUUGUUUCAAAGUAUUGUAAUUUUUUCUUGAUUUUAUUAUUUUAUCUUUUUGUAAAGCGCUUUGAAGGUUUUCCUUUUUAAAAAACAUCAAACAGUGUAUAAAUUUUAAGAAAUGAAUAAAAUAAACCACCAGGAACUGUAGCUCUGGGACACACUCAGCACCAUUAAGAAAUCUCAGCUCCCAGGAUUCUCUGGGGGAAGCUAUGACUGUUUAAAGUGGUGUUAUAGUGCUUUUAAAUAUAUGGAGUGAAUGUGGCCUCAUGGGGCAAUGAAAGCGAGGGAGAGAUUGCAUUUCCUCUUGACCAUUUAUGUGUGUGCCUGUUGAUAUCGGCUGCAGUUGUGCUGGCUGACCUAGUGGAAUUGGGAGGUUGUUGUCAAUGUUUUGAAUAACUGAGCCAGCAAAAAAGAAAAGUGUGUUGUUAUCCAUUGCAACAUGACUAAACAUCUCCAGGCAUGCUGAAGGGAAAAAAGGGAGGGAAAACCUAUGGCUAGAUGCUGCUCAACAAUUUCUUUAAAGGGAAGGGGAAAGUCCGAUAAUGAAUUCCACAUGGCUAAAGGGCCGCUGAGCUUGGAUUCCAUGAUGAACUGGAUGUAGCCAAAACACCUCAUUUGUCUGUGUCCAAGCAUUACAUCCCCACUCCCCCUGUGGGACCGUAGGGUGAAGUAGGGUUUUAAAUACUGUUUGCUGAAGAAAUUUACCGUAGUUAGCUCACUAUAUGGAAAAAUCCAAAACAAUGCAAACUGGCAAAUUGCUAAGAGGUCAGCAAGCAAAUCUCUGUGUUCCAAAUGUUAUCAAACUAAAACACCCCCAGUUCUCAUCUCAAGAGAGUAAGAGUCAUGUGGUGGGCCUUUGCCCAAUUUAAAAUAAUGUACAGGCUAACCUAAAACUAACAAAAUGACUUCUUUUUCUUUAAAAAGAAUGUGCAUGCAUAAACAUUCUGGUUGCUUGGGCACAUGGAAGCUAUAAAGUAUGUAGGCUAUACCAGUAAGAUGAAACAAUAAUGGGUUUGAGUUCUUGGUUUCUGUUUAUACCAUUUGCAGUGUGGCAUCCAUCUCUGAACCACUCCUAAAAGUGUAGGCCUCAAGCAUGCCGAGUUCCAACUUUUCUAAAGAAACGCUUUUUCCCUGUUGAUCACUAGGUCACCACCACAUAUAUUACAAAAGCCACUCCAUCUCUUCCUGGAGGGUGACAAAGGGUCAGAGUCAAUGUGGCUCACUCUCAAGGAGAGGACUACGCUAACAGCACUACUGAAACUUGAGAUCCACCAGGCUGAGAGGGUUUGGAUUUGGCUAGUCUUGAGCUUUCCCAGCUCAGCCAAAGCUAUACUGGCACAGGGGCAGACUUGGGUCUUUCAGAAUUCAGCAGCGCCCUGUGUAAGCCCAGAAUUCAGUGCCCUCCCCAUGCCUCUCACCUUCCAUUCUGCUCAAUUCACUACAUCAUAGUUGUGACGCCCCGCAGUGCCCCUUAGGCUUGGUGCCCAGUGUGGCAGAACCUGUAGCGCUGUACCAAAUCUGCCUUUAGCAGGUGUAAUUCCCUUACCCCAGCUGAGCCAGAGAUAUGCUGGUGCAAAUCCCUUACCUGGCUCAACUUCAGCCAGUGGAAUUUACACCAGUGUAAAUCCCCCCAAAGUGCCAUUCCAGGGGUGUGGCAGCAGCAUGGCAGGGACAGGACAGAGCAAAGCAAAGAGAGACAUCUAUUCCAAACCCCUUUCAGCUCGGUCCUGUGAGCUAGCAGCCCAAUGGAUAUUAGCCAGCAAAAAGGGUAGUCCAAGUGAAAUUCCAACUGAAAAGAGUUUGGGAUAGGGACAACUUAAUCUGGUGACAAUUACAUUGGAUUUUUUUUAAAAAAUUGGGUUGUUCUGUUAAUUUCUCUCUCUGGUACACAAACUUGCUGUUGCUUCCAGGUGAGUGUUCUGUUGAGAAUUCAUCUUGCUUCCUUUGCACAAAGUUUGAAGGGACGUUAUAUUGCAUUAUGUUAAGCAAUUGUUACCUCAUACUUAAUUUUGUGACAGCAGUCAAGAAAUUAAAAGAUGCCUGCUCCUUGGGAGAAAGGCAACGGCAAACCUAGACAGCAUCUUAAAAAGCAGAGACAUCACCUUGCCAACAAAGGUCCGUAUAGUUAAAGCCAUGGUUUUCCCAGUAGUGAUGUAUGGAAGUGAGAGCUGGACCAUAAAGAAGGCUGAUCACCAAAGAAUUGAUGCUUUUGAAUUAUGGUGCUGGAGGAGACUCUUGAGAGUCCCAUGGACUGCAAGAAGAUCAAACCUCUCCAUUCUUAAGGAAAUCAGCCCUGAGUGCUCACUGGAAUGACAGAUCCUGAAGCUGAGGCUCCAAUACUUUGGCCACCUCAUGAGAAGAGAAGACUCCAUGGAAAAGACCCUGAUGUUGGGAAAGAUUGAGGGCACAAGAAGAAGGGGACGGCAGAGGACGAGAUGGUUGGACGGUGUUCUCAAGGCUACCAGCAUGAGUCUGACCAAACUGCGGGAGGCAGUAGAAAACAGGAGUGCCUGGCGUGCUCUGGUCCAUGGGGUCACGAAGAGUCGGACACAACUAAACAACUAAACAACAACAACCUCAUACUUUCCAGUGAAUAUCCCCCAUUGUUUUCCUUACUGGACAAAGUUCAGCUUUUCUGGAAGCAGGUUAGCUGCAUCAAAACGCCAAAUCCACUUCAGUUGCACAACCUAAAUUUGCCAGGAUGCAACUGUGUAUCCCAUUCACAAAACAGAAACACCCCCGAGCCCCAACUUUUGAGCUGGAAAAGUUCUGAAAUGAACUUUUGGCUCCUCUCUACCCAUUCCCCCUUUAGCUAAACUGUGAGGAAAUCUGAGAAGCUCGGAUUGAGGUAACCCUUUUCCCUUCCCGUUAACCUCAUUUGUAAGUGAGAUCAUUAUUAAACUUGAUGCUUUUGUUUUCACAGGAAAUGAAUACUGGGUUUAUUCAGGCUACAACUUGGAAAGAGGUUAUCCAAAGAGACUCACCAGUCUGGGUUUACCUCCUGAUGUGCAACGUGUCAAUGCAGCUUUUAGUUGGAGCAAAAACAAGAAGACCUACAUUUUUGCAGGGGACAAAUUUUGGAGGUAAUACCUUUUCAGCAGGCAACCAGUGGCUGGACACUACAAAUGCUGGGCACUUACUCCCUGCUAAGAUUCAGAUUUCAAGGCAUUUUGCUUUUUCUUUGACGGAGACCAGAGCAUCUCAGUUGCAGGAGAGUCAAAAGCAGUUUAGAUUAGGGAUAUACAGUUGCUUUGAAUGAAUCACAUGUAGAAGUUGGGGAUCUGUGCCUCAACAGAGCAAAACUGAGUUCCUGUGAUGCACACAACAAGACAAGAUGGGAAUUUAGGCUGAUCCAUAGCUCUCUGUUGACAGUGGCUUAGAGAAAGGAUAAAUAAAUAUAAACUAAACCAUAUGGAGGAAAAUGAAACACUUUUAUUUCCUUCUUCCCAACCCAACCCGAAAUGGCAUGGAACCCAGAUAUGUAUUCUAUUAAAAUUAAUGGGCUGCCCACUAAGAUUGCAGUCCACAAGCUUCUUCUCAGGCAGAAACCUUUCCCCAGGCUUUCCCAGUGUUACUACAGGCUCAUAUGAAGCUGCCUGCUAGUGAGACAGACCAUUGCAUCAUCUAGCUCGGGGAUAGCUGAUGUGGUAUGUGCUACCUGUUGCUGGACUCCAGCUCCCAUCAGCCUUGACCAGCAUGGCCAGUGACCAGGGAUGAAGGGAACUCUAAUUCAACAACUUCUAGAAGGCACCUAUUGGGCUACCCCUGAUCUAGGCCAUGAUAGUCUCUUCUGAGCUGCGGUGAUACAGAUGGGCUUCGUGGAAGACAGCAGCUUGUGCCAUUAGGUAUUUGGUAUAACUAUCACAAAACUCUGCUAAUAUUUAAUAUUUCACAGGUACAAUGAAGUAAAGAAGAAAAUGGACCCUGGCUUCCCUAAAUUAAUUGCAGAUGCUUGGAAUGGUGUUCCAGACAACCUAGAUGCUGUGUUUGACGUGAGCGGAAGUGGUAAGUUGCCAUCUUGUUCCUAGUGUCAGUUGCUGUUGCUGCUGCUGCUGCUGCUGCUGUUGCUUCUGAGGUCGAUUGCUCCAGUCUGCUGCAUGAAUCCUCAGAGACAUUCCCUUUGGAGGUGGUCACCAAAUCGGCUGAUGGCUUGGCGUGCCGCCUGCAGCCGCAGAACAGCUUUUCUCUUCAAUUAAAACGUCCCACUGCAGCAAGGAAAUUUAGGAAGCCUGACCUUUCCUGAACUUUUCCGGGCUGUCUAAAUAACUCAUCUCCAGCAGAGUAAUCAAAACCACUUUUAAUGCAGCACAGAUUGUGGUUAAGAACUGCUGCAUUCAUUGCUGUGCCGGCAACCAAGACUCCCCUUGAACUGAAUCUCCUGAAUAACUAAAGACCUUUCAUGGGGGUGGGAGGAAAGAAAGAUUAGACUCUGGUUCAAUUUAUAUCAAUUUUCUCCUUUAAAAUAAUAAAAUAAAAUAAAAUGGUAACUUAAAACCAGAAUAUAUAUAUAUAUAUGCCGCAAGUAAAUACUCAAAUAGAAAUUCUCAGCAUCCCCAUAGAAUCACAGUUCCCAUAAAGCAUAUUUUAUGUGGCUUAUGUUUGUACUUCUGAAGCAGCUUAAUAAUGAUUUUUCUUAAUUAUUAUUGUUGGGGGAGGGGGUUUCCUAACCCCACAAGGUGUAACUCAGUGGUUCCCAAACAUUUUUGGGCCACCGUCCCAUUGGUUCUGUAAACUCAUAUCCUGUGCUCCCUACCCUAUAAAAAGCAUUACAGUGGUACCUCGGGUUAAGAACUUAAUUCAUUCUGGAGGUCUGUUCUUAACCUGAAACUGUUCUUAACCUGAAGCACCACUUUAGCUAAUGGGGCCGCCCACUGUCACCGCGCUGCGCUGCCAGAGCAGAAUUUCUGUUAAGCAAAGUUCUUAACCCGAGAUACUAUUUCUGGGUUAGCGGAGUCUGUAACCUGAAACAUAUGUAACCCGAGGUACCACUGUAUUCAGUUUGCAUGACCCAGUAACAAAGAUAACAACACAAUAAAUUUCAAAACAGUAAGAAUUAAUUGCAUGUUUGUUCAAAAUCCAGUUAAAGCUAUUUAGCUUAAUUCAUUCAACAAAACAGAUGAAUGUGAUCCAGCGAUACCAGCUUUUCAAAGUCUGAUAGUCCUUUACACCUCCGUUGCCCCACCCCCUUGCCUCUUAGCAGUCUCCUAGGCAAUCUCACUGCUCCCCAGGGGACAGUACCACUCAUUUUGGGAACCACUUGGUGUAACUGGAUGUCACAUAGCUUGAAAGCCCCGGGGUUAACUAGUCGUAAUAGUUGUUCUAGACCGAACAAAGUUCAAAAGCCUCCAGCCAACUUCAGAAUCAUUGAGUUGAACCCCUUUCCUUGCUUUGCUGUGAUUUUUGUGUUUCCCAUAAGUUUGUUUUACAUGACAACAAAUUGAAAACACUUACUUCUUCUUUACAGGCCACAGCUAUUUCUUCAAGGACUGGUAUUAUCUCAAAAUGGAAGACCAGAGUCUAAAGAUUGUUAAAGUUGGCAAUGUGAAAUCUGAUUGGCUGGGUUGCUAAGCAGCGUGUCGUCUUAAUAAUGUCAACUACAGCAAAAUCUACACUUUUUUGUUUUUUGUUUUGUAAAAGUCUUAUGUCUUACCUGCAAUUAGAGAUAGAUCUGUAUGCUAAUUCACGGGCCAGUCUGGUACUGGCACCAAGUCACUAAGUACCACUAUUUGGCAGAACUUUGUUUUAUUAUUAUUAAAUCAUUCUGUUUAAGCAUAUGUACUUAGAAGCAAGUUCCAUAAAAUGCAUGGAAUUUCCUUUUAAGUAGAUGCAUAUAGAAUCGGGGCACAGUAGGUCUUUGUUUCUUCCUCUCUUCAUUCAUUAAUUUAAGACUUUUGCAACUUUUUGGCAUGCAGCAAGUUAUGUUUACUUAUGUAGCCUGACACUUGCUACAUUUUUCUAUGUGUGCAGAUUGGUGCUAAGGACAGAACAGCAAACUCUGAAGGAAUUCUCACCUGAGCAGAGAUCAGAUGUUUGAAUGUGCCUGCAUAUAAAUAAAUAAAUCCCGCUGUACAUUGAAAGCUAGCAUUGCAAUGAGAAAGCUAGGGUCAAACAUUCUUCCUGACAUGAUAGCUUUCCAAGUACAUGGAGGUUUGUUUAUGUAUAUGGGAGAACAUUCAAACACUUGAUCCCACAGCUACAAUCUGAAGUGGUGCCAUCUAGCAACAGAUACUUCACAUGGAACUGCUGAUUAUGUAACUUAGUUCUUAGUCACUUGAUAGUCAAUGGAUUUCAACAGGUCUUGGUGAGGCCAUAUUAAUGUACACUACUGGAGCCAAAGUAAAAUUGUACUGUCUUUCAAAAUCCAGCUCCAUCCCCCAAAAGAAAAUACUCAAAAUACUCGAGUACUUGAAAUGGUUGUUUGCCAUUUAAAACAUAUCAGUGCCCAAAUAUCCACCAAGAGGGGCCCUCAAAACUGUAACUUGGAUUUCAGAAUUAAAAUGUUGACACGUGUCCUUUCUCAGCUUGAAUGUGUGUUUUCUGUUUUGUUUUUAAACCCAGCUUCAGUUCAAGUUUGCCAAAGGGUUGUAUGCAAUAUUCUUUCUACUCAGAGUUGACCCAUUAAAAUAGAUGUACCUAAGUUAGUCAUGACCAUUAAUUUCAACGGGUCAACUUUGGGUUAGGACUAAUGUUGCAUCCAAAUUAUGCUCACUAUCUGUGAAUAAUUCCAUUCUUGUCAUUCCCUGGAAAACGUCAUUCUUUCUUUACAUUCGCAUUUCUUCACACACCAAAGUGGAAAGACUGACCAAAGGGGCACGGGAUGCCUAGGAAUUGGUUGGAACAGGAUGGGAUCAACAGGGACAAACUUGUAUGAAAUGUAUUGCUUUAAAGUACUUUUUACUGGAAUGCCUUUACCUUAAAUUAGCAAACUGCUUCUUGCACUUUCUUUCCUAUUACAACCUCCCCCUCCCUUUCUUUUUAUACGGUUAUAUCAAGGUGAUUCCUCUUCUCUUUGGCUUCAUUCACACGGCAGUCCAUUCCAUUUCCCCAGCUGUUAAUUUCCACAUUAUAUUUCGGCUUUCACGUAACACAGAAAGCCACCUAAAGAAAUACAGUGAUAUAUUCAAGUUUAGCAAUUUGCUUCAAGGAAAACAAAAUGUUUGCAAAUAACACAGAAAGUUGCACAAUAUUCUGCUGUAUUUCCAGAAGUAGCAUUUAUGUUAUGUGAAGGCUUAAAUAUAAUGCAGAAAUUAACAGUAAGGAAAAGUGGAAUAAAUUAUUGUGUGAAUGCAGCCUCCAUCUCUCCCCUGCUCCUUCCUUGUUAGAUUUAAAGCAUUGGGUGACGCCAAGUGUUCACUGUACAACCUGAUGGAAUAUUUUAUGUUCAUACAGAAAGAUUUUUUUAAAAAGGGAAAGUAAGUCUGCAUACAUGAAAUGUCAGUGGUAUAAAUAAAUAAAUAAAAGAAAAUAACAGUUCUAGCUCA